AUGCCAGUCAAGGAGCUGAACCAGCCAUGCACGGAAUGCAAGGAUGCAGAAUCCGAGCUUACUGUUCGCCAGAAGCAGCUUUGUCGCCACUGCUUUAAGCGCUUCAUUACACACAAAGUCCAUAUGCAUAUCAACACAGUCUACAAGUUUCGAAAAGAGAACAAUGGUGCCCGCCACCAGUUGCUCCUCCCAAUGUCUUUCGGCGUCUCCUCGUCGGUCUUGCUGCACAUGCUGAAUACCGAUUUCCAGCGCCGCCUGGAUAACGAGCUCCCUAUGGGCUACGACCUUCAUAUCCUUGUUGUUGAGCCUUCUACCAUGACAGCUGCAAGCGCUCCCUGCGAUCAAAACUAUGAAGCACUUCAAAAAAACAACCCUAUGCGCUCUGUCAGCCGGAUACCAUUCCACAGCAUCUUCGAGUAUGUGCCAGAAAUGGAGGAGAUUAUGCGGGAAUAUGCAGGACCCCAGUUCGUAGACGAUACCUCGAGAUCGAAUGAAGAGCGCCUGGCUGCCUUCCGCGCAUCAAUUUCCACAGCCACUUCCAAAACGGAUGUGGACACCGCUUUGCUAACUAGACUCGUCGUUGAAUUCGCGAAGAAGUCUGGUUGCACAUCGGUGCUUUGGGGUGAUUCAGACAGCCGUCUUGCCGCAAAAGCGCUUGCUGGUGUGGCCAAAGGACGCGGAGCUUCCCUCACUUGGCAGGUAUCAGACGGCAUGUCUCCUUGGGGGUUGAAGUUCCAAUAUCCGCUGCGAGAUCUGUACAAGACCGAGUUGCUGGAGUAUGCGGGUUUCACUCCAGAGCUUUCUGAGAUCAUCAUUCCCGACGAACCGCCCUCAGAUAAUGUUCUUACCAAGAACCUUUCCAUUGACGAGUUAAUGAUGCGGUACGUCCAGAACCAGGGGGCAAAGUACCCAGGUGUCAUGGCGAAUGUGGCCAGAACAGCCAACAAACUCGAUCCAUCUGACACCAAGACUGCACCCUCGUGUUCCCUUUGUGGUGGCCUUUUAGGGAACGUCAAGGGCAAUGUCGGGGUUACUGUCGCUGGCCAGGCAGAAGAUUGCCAAAGUUCUCAAUUCUGCUACGGGUGUAUGCGAUCUCGCCCUGGGGCACUCUGCUGA